AUGGCCGAAGGCUAUGGCUAUGGCUAUGGCUAUGGCUAUGGCUAUGGCUAUGGCCAUGGCUACGGCUACGGCUACGGCCUAUGGCUGAUAGAGCCAUUAUAUUACUCCGCUACAAGUCUAGCCAGCCCACACACCUACCGCACUCACACGGCUCUCGGGUUCUUCUCAUCCUCCGCUGUUCAUACUAUGGUGCCCAACCAGGCGCCGCCUCCUCCACCACCACCACUGCCUCCAUCACCGCCCGUAACGAUAGAGAAUCCCUUCCCACCUCUUACGCGAAACAGUACCCUUCCGGUGUAUGCGCCGCAAGUCACUGCGACCGGCCGCUCGCUGCUCGCGCCCGAAGAUGCUAUCUACCAGAGCUCCCCCCCGCGUAAGCAAUCGGCUGCCGUGAGCAAUGUGAAGGAGUUGCGCAUGACGAAUGGACUCAAUGCAGACCUGCGGGUGCCCCGGAGAGGGAGGAAUGGCGAUCGAGCGCGGAGUGGGAGCAGGAGGAAGAGGGCCACCUGGAAGAAGCUGCUGUGGGUAAAGCAGUCCUACCCAGAUAACUACACGGAUCAAGAUACCUUCCUCGAACAUCUGCAGCGUAAUCCGCGGCUGCAGCCCUAUAACUUCUGGCCGCUCGUCGCGGAUUCCACGGUCAUCGUGCAGCACGUCUGCUCCGUCAUAAUAUUCAUCGUCUGCUUCACCGGCAUCCAUCAGUUGCGCGUCUCGCCCGAGGCAGUCGUGGGAUGGGGGUCGAUUGGGACAUUUCUGGGAUGGCUGCUAUGGGACUGCUGGGUUGGACAAGAAGAGUCCAAACCGCCCUCACCACCCAUCUUCACCCAAGGCCCGUCGACCUCGGGCUCGCUCUCCAAUCUCCAUCCGAACCCGGCAUCGAUGUCAGUCCCGAAUCUCCACAGCUCAAACCUCGCUCGUCAUUCCCACUCUGCAUCUGCCUCGUCGCUACUGUCCGGAUCCUCAGCACCGCAGGUGCCCACCCCGCGCUACGUCCCCAACUCCCCUUCCCCGGGCUCCCCAGCUCGCUUCUCCCAGCGAACAAACCUCCGCCUCGCAACCGCCAAGUCGGCCCUCCUCAUCUACUUCACCCUGCUCGGGCUCUCGCCCAUCCUUAAAUCCCUGACGCAGUCCACAUCCGAGGACUCCAUCUGGGCCAUGUCCUUCCUGCUCUUCACCAUCAACAUCUUCUUCUUCGACUACAGCACCCCGACGCAAACGUCGCUCAACUCCAGCAUCAAAAACAUCCCCGCAAGUCUCAGCACCAACGCCGCCUUGAUGGCUUCUACCGUCCUAGCAUCCCGUCUACCGACCACCGGACAAGUCUUCUCCCUCACCCUCUUCUCCAUCGAAGUCUUCGGGCUCUUCCCCGUGUUCCGGCGACACGCGCGCCAGAAGUCCUUCCGGGGCCACAUGCUGCUCACCACGCUCCUCGUCAUCGGCGCCGGCGGCGGCGCGGGCCUGAUCCUCGGCCGCGGGGGUGACGGCGAGGGCAUCUGGGAUUUCCCGUGGAAGAGCGGGCUCAUGGGCCUGUUCAUCGGGCUGUUCGCCGCGGGGCUGACGAUGGGGGGGUGCAGCUGGUGGCUGAUUGGCCUGCAGAAGUACAAGAAUGAGAUUCACGGCCCGUGGGAUCCGGCACGGCCGAUCAUCAGGAGGCAUUACGAUUAUUAG